AUGGAAGCCGGCGGAGGCGGCGGCCAGCUCUUCUCCGUGGACCCCCUGGAGCGCCAGGCCGCGCGGGGCCACGGCGUCGUGACCUCCAUGGCCGCCGGCAGCGACGUCAUCGUCCUCGGCACCUCCCGGGGCUGGCUCGUCCGCCACGACUUCUCCUUGGAGGACGCCCACGGAUGCGGGCGCCGUGGAGACUGGGCGUGCGUGUGUGCGCGACGGAGCGCGCUCUGCGGAGGCAGUUGGCGAGCUGAGUGCGCGAAACCGUUCGGGAGUGCGUUGGACGCGGGCGUUGGACGCGGGCAUGCUGAAGACUCGGCGCUCUUAGCCGUUGGAGACGUUGAUCCGCUGACACACCCGGGCGGCGCCGAGACGUACUACCACCACGCGAGGUGGCCGCGCCCCAAGCCCCUCCCCCGCCUCCGGGGCCUCCUCGUCAAUGCCGUCGCCUGGAACCGCCAGUCCAUCACGGAAGCAUCGACCAAGGAGGUGAUCCUGGGCACUGAGAGCGGCCAGAUAUUCGAGAUGGCCGUGGAUGAGGCUGACAAGAGGGAGAAGUAUGUGAAGCCGCUCUUGGAGCUCACUGAGCAAAGGGAGGGCAUCAAGGACCUGCAGAUGGAGACUGCUGUGGUUGGAAAUUCUACAAGAUACUAUGUCAUGGCUGUCACUCCGACACGGCUUUACUCUUUUACUGGCAUUGGUUCACUAGAAACUGUUUUUGCUAGUUAUUCCGAUCGUGCCAUACACUUCAUGGAGCUCCCAGGAGAAAUACCUAAUAGUGAACUACAUUUCUUUAUCAAGCAAAGAAGGGCUAAACACUUUGGAUGGCUUUCUGGAUCUGGAAUUUAUCAUGGUGAACUGAAUUUUGGGGCACAACACAGCUCUACUAGUGGAGAUGAGAAUUUUGUGGAGAAUAAGGGUUUUUUUUACUAUUCAAAAUUGGGGGAUUCCGGAAUUAAACCAAGGUCAUUUGCUUUGUCUGAAUUCCAUUUUCUGCUUCUGAUUGGGGACAAGAUUAAGGUAGUGAACAGAAUAAGUCAGCAGAUGGUGGAAGAACUUGUAGUUGAUGAUACACCUGAAAUUUCAAGAGGAAUAAUUGGCCUCUGUAGUGAUCCAUCUACAGGACUUUUCUAUGCAUAUGAUGAAAGUUCUAUAUUCCAGGUUUCCACUUCAGAUGAGGGUCGUGACAUGUGGCAAGUUUACUUGGAUAUGAAUCAUUAUGCUGCUGCUUUAUCCCAUUGUCGUAACCCUUACCAGCGUGACCAAGUCUACCUAGUUCAGGCUGAUGCUGCAUUUGCUGCAAAAGAGUAUUACAUAGCAGCAUCCUUCUAUGCAAAGAUAAAUUACAUCCUGUUGUUUGAGGAGAUCAGCCUGAAAUUUAUAUCAAUAGGUGAGCAGGAUGCUCUCAGAACUUUCUUAUUGAGAAGGCUCGAUAACCUCACCAAAGAUGACAAGAUGCAGAUUACGAUGAUCUCAACUUGGGCUACUGAGCUAUACUUAGACAAGAUUAAUCACCUCCUGUUGGAGGAUACCACUGCUACCACUACAAAUUCAGUAGCAGAACCUAAUAGCUCGGAAUAUCGUUUGAUAGUAAAUGAAUUUCGUGCUUUUCUUAGUGACAGCAAACAUGUAUUAGAUGAAGCAACAACAAUGAGACUACUGGAAAGUUACGGAAGAGUGGAUGAGCUAGUGUACUUUGCUGGUUUGAAGGAGCAGUAUGAAAUUGUGGUUCAUCAUUACAUUCAGCAAGGAGAAGCAAGAAAAGCAUUGGAAGUGCUUCAACGGCGCAAUGUUCCUGUAGACCUUGUGUAUAAAUUUGCCCCAGAUUUGAUCAUGUUAGAUGCUUACGAGACUGUUGAAUCAUGGAUGAUGGCGAGAAACAAGUUGAAUCCAGGGAAACUCAUACCAGCAAUGAUGCGUUAUGUGAGCGAACCACAUGCGAAGAAUGAAACAAAUGAGGUUAUUAAAUACUUAGAGUUUUGUGUGAAAGAUUUGAACAAUGAGGAUCCUGGAGUGCAUAAUCUGUUGUUAUCACUAUAUGCCAAGAAGGAGGAUGAAUCCCAGCUUUUGCAAUUUCUUGACACAAAAUUUGGUAAAGGACAAACAAAUGGCCCCGACUUCUUUUACGAUCCCAAGUAUGCUCUCCGCCUAUGUCUUCAAGAGAAGAGAAUGCGUGCUUGUGUUCGUAUUUACAGCAUGAUGUCCAUGCAUGAGGAAGCUGUGGCACUUGCUUUGAAGGUGGACUUAGAACUUACAAAGGCGGAAGCUGACAAAGUAGAAGAUGAUGAAGAGCUUAGAAAGAAGCUGUGUCUUAAGGUUGCUAAACAUGUCAUCGAGCAAGAGAAAGGAGUCAAGAGAGAGAAUAUAAAGAAAGCAAUAGAGUUCCUUUCGGAGACCAGUAACUUGUUAAAGAUUGAGGAUAUCUUACCAUUUUUCCCAGACUUCGUAUUGAUUGACGAUUUCAAAGAGGAAAUAUGCAAAUCUCUCAAGGACUACAACAGCCAGAUUGAGCAGCUGAAACAGGAGAUGGAUGAUGCCACACGUGGGGCAGACAAUAUCAGAAGUGAUAUUGGUGCCCUCGCUCAGAGAUAUUCCGUAAUUGAUCGUGAGCAGGAUUGUGGGGUUUGCCGGCGCAAAAUAUUGACCGUUGGAGGGUUACACCAGGUAGGAAGAAGCUAUACAUCUGUUGGACACAUGGCCCCCUUUUAUGUGUUUCCCUGUGGACAUGCCUUCCAUGCAAAUUGCUUGAUUGGACAUGUAACUCGUUGCAGUAACCAGGUGCAAGCUGAGAGAAUAUUGGACCUUCAGAAACGGCUUAGUUUGAUGGACAGGAAAGCAGCAAAAGAAAAUGGGGCAAGUGUUAAUGGUGAAUCUAUUACAAGCACAACCCCGGUUGAUAAGCUGAGAUCACAGUUGGAUGAUGCUGUAGCAAGCCAGUGCCCCUUCUGCGGUGAUCUGAUGAUCAAGGAAAUUUCGCUGCCGUUCAUUAUCCCCCAAGAGUCGGAUGAAAAGGCAUCGUGGGAAAUCAAACCACAACCAACGCCGCAGAAGAUUCUCCCAAUGACCAUGUCUAUAUGA